AUGGACCGUGGAGGAAGACUAUCUGCUCUUAUAAUUGCCUCAUUCCUGUGUAUUGUAGUCAGUUCUGUCGCAUUGUCAUUUGAAAACUCCUGUAAUUGGUCUCUAAAAACUAACCCGAACUGCACAUUUACCGUGAGCGAAAACUGGGAUUUCCUUCAGUUCCGACGAUGGUUAGACGAGUUAAGGAAACCUAUCAAAAAUGUGUCUUUGGCUCUGAAGUGCAUUAAGAACGGAUCAGUAUUCAUACCAGAGUCGAUGGGUGCAAGAGGUCUUCAUUCCGUAAGCAUCAGAAAUUGUCGUAUAAAAGGAUACAUCUCUGAAUAUAACCAGGAACGGAAGUAUCCCGAUUCAUUGAGAGAGGUGUUUAUUGCAGACAGCAUCAUAGAAAUGGAUGCAACCGAGUGGCUGGAGAAAGUGGAAUUGCCGCCCAUGGAAUACACCACCUGCGGACAGAAAAAAAUUCAAAGUAAAAUAAAAAGAAACGUUUCGUUCAGAUUUUUCAACUAUCCCAAAAAUUUUACUGUAGAAAUGCUAUUGAAGUCACAUGGUUCCCACAAAGAUACGAUAGAGUCCUUAUCCUGGAAAUGUCAUUACAAUGAUCUUGAAUAUCUCGAAGUUUCAGGAUCUUCAUCAGUUACUUUCAUGAAAGACUUAACUAGAAAUGCCCAUUAUCCCAAACUCUCAACACUGAAUUUGCGAUCAAAUAAUUUUCACAAUAUACCUAAGGAAUUGCAAAAAUGGUACGAGCAUUUUCCAGCUUUGAAAUACCUCGACCUCUCCGACAACAAAAUAUCUACGUUUUUUUUCGACAUACCAACACCCUCACACUGGAAGAUGAGUCUCCACGUCAACCUUCAGAACAACAACAUCAAAGAAGAACCAAAAGACUUCAAGUGGUACCCAUAUCGCGCCAUGCCAAUAAUCGUUGAUCUGCAUGACAAUCCUAUUACUGAAAAUAAAACGAAUACAUUAUAA